AUGGAUACAACUAUCUCAAACGUGGACAUCCCUAAUGACAUUCCAAAAAAAAAGGACAAGCAGGAAGUUCCUGCUUCGGAAUGCACACAAAAUGGAAUUUUAGAAAAAUACGAUAUUUUCUCAAAUGUGUACACCUCAAGCGAUAACCUCAGUUUUGUAGAUAGCGAGGAGGAUACCUCAUCCAAAAAUUUAGAUGACCUGAAAAACAGAAAUAUUUUGAACCUAACUGUCCACAACAUCAUAAAUAUAUACCCCAACAAUGAGAGGAACAGGGAGUUUAAGAAGUACAAGCAAAAGAAAAUAGAGGAAAAAAGGAAGAAGGAGUACGAUGAAGAAAGAGUGAUUAUCGAACAAAAGAAAAGGAUAUAUGAAGAGAAAAGACAGAAAAAACUGCACAUAUAUAACGUAGAGAAAAAGAAAAAGAAACUAAUAGAAAAGGAAAAAUAUAAUAAGGAAAAUAUAGAGUAUAAUUAUUUAAUGAUCUCAAAGCAUUUUGAAUAUUUAAUGGAAAAUGGGAAACACAGUGACAUUUACUUUUCCUUUCACGAUAUGUACAUUUCCCCCCUGAGGUUGUACUACUUUGCCAGUACAAGUGUGGAUCAAAUUUAUUAUUUAGAUUUAUCACGAAAGUGGCUUCCAGACAACUAUGUCUCUAUCAUACUUGAAUUGUGCUCACGCAAAAGGGUUAAAAUUUUGAAUUUGUCCUUUAACAAAAUAACUUUCAAGGGGGUGGCACAUUUCACCAAGUUUUUAUCGGAGAACAAAGCGCUGUUUUGUCUUAACCUGGAAAAUAACGACUUAACAAACAAAGGUCAAGAUGCCGAUGAGCUAAAUAAACUUUUCGAGUCCAUAAAAAAUAAUAAAGGAAUAAAAAUAUUGAAUUUGGCUAAUACAAAUAUGGACAAGAGAAAUGGAGAGAGUUUGUGCGAAAUGCUAGAGGCGAACAAUUCCAUAAUCGAAAUGAACUUUGAGAAUAGCAGUUUUACGAGGGAGCAAAAGCGCCAAAUAAUUAACUUCCUAAUACGGAAUAGAAACAUAUGGCUAAAACAAGCCGAGAUAGAAAAAGAAGAAAAUGAUAAAAUGGAAAAGGAGGAGAGCUACAUGCACGCGUACCUUAUGUCCGUCGAAUCGUCCAUAAUUGAAAUUGAAAAUAGAGAAAACCGAAGAAACUUGAAUAAAAUGGUAAAGAGAAGCGGAAACAGUUGA